ACCAUACCUAACUGACAAGGAAGGAAGGCUUUGCAGUUCAAGAAAAAACAAAAAAAAAGGAAAGGCUUUAGCUUAGCUUGCAUUUUUCAGAAAGAAAAUAAAGAAAACAGAACCAGAAGCAAGAAUGAGCCCUCUUAAAUUAUUCAUAAUCUUACCUUUCUUGCUCGUAAUCACUGUAGCACAGUCUCCGACUUACCUCUAUCAUUUUUGCUCAAAUACAACUACUUUCACUGCAAACAGCACCUAUCAGGCCAAUCUAAAUCUCCUUCUUUCUUCUCUUUCCUCUAACUCAACCGGCAAUAAUACUGGAUUUUACAGCACAUCUACCGGGCGGGACCCGGAUGAUAUCUAUGGUCUAUUUCUCUGCCGCGGCGAUAUUACCUCCGAUGCCUGCCAAACUUGUGUCACCUUGGCCACCACGGAAAUAGUCCAACGUUGUCCCGUUGAGAAAGAAGCCAUAACAUGGUACGAUCAGUGCCUUCUGCGUUACUCAAACCAGUCCUUCUUCUCCAUCAUGAGCGAACAACCUAUGGUAUACAUGUGGAAUACGCAGAAUAUCACAGAUCAAGAUCGUUUUAACGAGCUAUUGUCGAACUCCAUGAACGAUGCGGCUACUGAGGCCGCAAGUGCUUCAUCAGGAGCUAAAAAGUUUGCUGUAAACGAAUCCAAUUUUACUGCGUUUCAGAAACUGUACAACCUCGCGCAGUGCACACCGGAUAUAUCCAGCUCUGAUUGUAACCGGUGUCUUCAGGUAGCUAUCUCAAAUUUGCCGUCUUGUUGUGGUGGAAAGCAAGGAGGAAGAGUCUUGUCUCCGAGUUGCAAUAUUCGUUAUGAAAUUUACCCAUUUUAUAAUGCUACAACGCCUAGGGCGCCACCGCCAUCACCGCCUGUGGUUCCCCCUCCGCCUACAGGUUCAGGGACAAGACCACAAGGAAAAAGCGGCAUCUCAGCUGUUACAAUUGUAGCCAUUGUUGCUCCAAUUUCUAUCUCUAUUGUGCUUUUUUGCAUGGGCUACUGUUUCCUAAGGAGGCGGGCAAGAAAGAAGUAUGACGCUAUACAGGAAGAUGGUGGAAAUGAAAUUUCAACUGUGGAGUCUUUACAAUUUGAUCUGAGUAUGAUAGAAGCUGCUACAAAUAACUUCUCUGAUGAUAACAAGUUAGGUGAAGGUGGAUUUGGUGGUGUUUACAAGGGCACACUUCCUAAUGGGCGAGAGAUAGCUGUGAAGAGACUAUCAAGAAGCUCUGGGCAAGGGGCAGAAGAAUUUAAAAAUGAGGUGUUAUUGUUAGCCAAGCUUCAACACAGAAAUCUUGUGAGGCUGAUUGGAUUCUGCUUGGAGGGAGAAGAAAAAAUUCUUGUCUAUGAAUUUGUUCCCAACAAAAGCCUUGACUACUUUCUUUUCGACCCUGAAAAACAAGGAAAAUUGGAUUGGGAAAGACGAUACAAAAUCAUAGGAGGAAUUGCUAGAGGGUUCCUUUAUCUUCAUGAGGAUUCUCGACUUAGAAUUAUACAUCGCGACCUUAAAGCUAGCAAUGUUCUGUUAGAUCAAGAUAUGAACCCAAAAAUAGCAGACUUUGGUAUGGCCAGAAUUUUUGGAGUUGAUCAAAGUGAAGGAAAUACAAAUAGAGUUGUUGGGACAUAUGGAUAUAUGUCUCCUGAAUAUGCAAUGCAUGGACAAUUCUCGGUCAAGUCAGACAUGUACAGCUUUGGUGUCUUAGUUCUCGAAAUUAUAAGUGGAAAAAAGAAUAGUUCUUUCUAUCAAAUAGAUGGUGCUGAUGAUCUUGUGAGCUAUGUAUGGAAACAUUGGAGAAAUGGGACACCUUUGGAAGUGUUGGAUCCAGUUUUGAUAGAUUCACAUUCAAGAAAUGAAGUCUUAAGAUGCAUCGAAAUAGGGUUGUUAUGUGUUCAAGAAGAUCCAGCUGACAGACCAACAAUGGGAACAGUAGUUCUUAUGCUUAACAGUUAUUCUGUUACUCUUCCAGUGCCUCGGCAGCCAGCAUUUGUUCUCAACAGCAGAUCAGGGCAGAGCUUAACAUUAAAGGCGUUGGAGUCGGAUCAAUCUACUAGCAAGUCAGCGCAAUGUUCUGUUGAUGAAGCAUCAAUCACUGAAGUAUAUCCUCGAUAGUCACAAGAUGGGACUUCUCCAAAAAUAAACCAAUGGAACAUCGCUCUUUAGUUGCAGAUUGCCAUCGUUAUAUAUUUAAAUCUUUUUUCUGAAAGUAUUGGAAAUGUUUUACUCUGAAUAAUAGAGGAACUUUCAGCUAGGUGAUCAAGUUAAUUUCAACGAUAUUCCUAGCCAAAAUUGCACUGAAAUACUAUAUCAUCAAAAAGCAAUUUAUUUCUCUGAA